AUAAAUGUAUAAUGCAGAAUCGACGCCUCGCCCAGAGAUUUUUCCAAAAUCCAAAAUCCUCCAAAUCUCGCAUUCAAUGCCAUAAUACUAUUGUUUAAUGCUUGAAUGCCUCUCUCUCUCUCUCUCUCUCUCUCUCUCUCUCUCUCUCUCUUCUGUCGUCCUUCUGGGUCGGGUCCUUUCUGUCUUCAAUCUCUCUCUCUCUCCCCCGUCCGUCGAUUUUUGUAUUGAUUAAUUAUUAUGAGAAACCCAGAACAAAGAGUUUCAGAAAUGGAGCUGUUUUCAGAUUUUGUACUUGACCCUGCAAAAUCUAGUCAGCUAAGCUUGGAAGAGAAACGAGGGCUAGUUCGUGUUAUUGCCCAAUGGUCAAACGAGGCUCCACAGCUUCUUCACUCAUGGACCCGCAGAGAGCUUCUUGAAAUUAUUUGUGCUGAAAUGGGUAAAGAGAGAAAGUACAGUGGCUUUACAAAACUUAAAAUGAUACAGCACCUCCUAAAGUUAGUUUCUGAGAAGUCCAAAAGGAAUAAUGGUGAGUAUUCUCCCACCUUUUCUCCUGCCAAUAUCCAAAAUGGAUCCAAAAGGCCUCGGAAGGAUGAACACACUGUUAAACUAUCUGGUGACCCACACUGUGUUCCUCUGGAUAACACUGAAAAACUACUUUGUCGGAAUCUUGCAUGCAGAGCCACUUUAAGUCCGGAAGAUGCUUUUUGCAAGAGAUGUUCUUGCUGUAUCUGUCAUCAGUAUGAUGAUAACAAGGAUCCUAGUCUCUGGUUGAUCUGCAGUUCUGAUCUUCCAGGGGAGGGUGACUCAUGUGGCAUGUCAUGUCAUCUUACAUGUGCUCUAAGGCAUGAUAGAGCUGGAAUUAUGAAGGAUGGCUGCUGUACAAAGUUGGAUGGAUAUUUCUAUUGCGUUUCUUGUGGAAAGAUAAAGGGACUGAUGAGAACCUGGAGAAAACAGUUGUUGGUUGCCAAGGAGGCUAGGAGAGUAGAUGUACUGUGUCUACGAGUUUUUCUAAGCUACCAGAUUCUUAAUGGAACUGAUAAAUACAAAGAACUUAAUGAGAUUGUGGAGAGUGCCAUGAAGAAACUUAGGCAUGAAGUUGGGCCUCUUGAUCAAGUGUGCAUAAAGAUGGCACGGGGCAUUGUCAACAGGCUCUCUUGUGGUGCUGAGGUUCAGAAAUUGUGUGCUUCUGCAGUGGAAGCUUUUGAUUCUAUGCAUGCUGCUCCUAGCCCUGAUUCUAUAGAUCAGAGAGAACACACAAAGUGCAAGAUCCAAUUUGAAGAAUGUUCCCCAACCUCGGUAAUUAUUGUACUUGAAUAUGAAGAUAAUCUCCUAGAAGAAUUGUUGGGCUGCAAGCUGUGGCAUCGAAAGUCUACUGUGCAGGAUUAUCCAGAACAACCCACUUACAUUGUACUGAGGCCAGAGAGAAGGUUCAAGAUUAUUGAUCUCGAUCCUUCAAGCGAGUAUUUCUGUAAAGUGUCUCUGUUUAGCAGCAUGAGAAUUUUGGGCACUUGGGAAGCUAAAUGGAUCUCAACUGCAUUAAGUGGAAGCACUUUAUCGAUUUUUAAUGAGCAUGAAAAGGAAGAAAGUUCUUUGCAAGCACAAAAGCAUUCUCAAUUGGAUUCCAAAGAUUCAAGAAACAAUGAACUAGUGUCCAGGGACCACCGCCCAAAGAUUCAAGAUGGCAUCAACAAGAACAAGAAUGAAGGAUUUAACUUAUUGCCUCCUUCCAUUAAGGAUGUUCCUUUAACAUGUCCACUGUCAAUUUCUCCUCUCAUGCCAUGCAAAAUGGAUGGAGCAGAGGAAGCAUUUGGUUCGGGUAUAAAGCAAGACAGUAACUAUGAAUAUUCUGUGAGAGCAAUUAAAUUGUUGGAGCUUGAAGGGCACAUAGAUAACGAAUUCAGAGUUAAAUUUCUGACUUGGUUCAGCUUGAAAGCAACAAUGCAGGAUAGAAGGAUAGUGAGUGUUUUUGUUGACACUUUCAUGGAUGACGCCCCAAGCUUGGCUGGACAGCUUAUUGAUGCAUUCACUGAUAAGAUUUGCAGUGGACUGAAACCAGUUUCUCAGAAUGGGUUCUGCACCUAGUUGUGGCUAUAAAUAUUUUCCAGAUAAUUCUGCCUUUUUUAUCUGAGAAACUUGUGGGGUGCUCUAGGAACCCAACUGAGGUUUCAUUCUUUUGGUAAAUUAGGUAGUAUAUGGGUUUUAAAUCUCUUGCUAGUUCUUCAAAACUUCAGUUAGUUUCUUAAUCAUUGUUCGUGGUAGAAUUGCACAUGGCUUGGUGGCGGACCCUAAACGAUCUUAUAAUUUUAAUUUUAGACAUUCAUUGAGUAUAAA